UUAGUCAGUUGGUUAGUUGUAAUGCCAAUACAGAUAGGUUAAUUGGCUAUAAGUAGGCUAGAGGUAGAGAAAGGUGGAGUGAGAGAGAAAAUAAAGAUAGUGCCGGUCCUAAGUCCAUGCAGUGUCAGCAGCUGACACUCCUCUCUGUUGUUUUAAGGUUUGCAUUGUUUCCAACAUUUCUUAGAGUUUAUUUAGCCGAGAAAAGCUAGAGGGAAUAGGAACAGUUUUGUUGUCUGCUCGGUGUCCCAGUUUGGAGGCAGGCUGUCCCGGGACAGACGAACACAUCUGUAAUAACAGACAGGCUGUCACAGCGACACAGGCGCAAGCAGAGUCCGUCUGUCACCAUGCCUGUGCGCCAGAAAGAUGCACAGCGAGCCCUGGAGCUGCUGCUGCAGUACCGGGCCAAACUAGCCGAGAGAGAGCAGAACCAGAACAGGAGCAAACAGGGCCGGGCAGAGGAGGACCGGCAGCUGCAGCAGUCUCUGGACAGAGUCAUCACCGUCUUCCAGAGCCAACUAUUCAACGCUCUGCUCGAUAUCCAGGAGUACUAUGAGUUGACACUCCUACAGGACAGUCGGUGUUCUGCAGAUCAGCCAGAUGGUCCAGGGGAGCUUCCUGCCUCCUGUAGCCACUCAGUGGAGCCCUCAGCCCAGCCUCAGCCUGCUGGCCACCUUCAUCCUCCAUCCACUGGAGGUCCAACUCAGCCUGACACUCCAGCCACCAAACCCAAAUCAGUAAAGUCCCCUGCUCCCCCACCACCAUCCAGUACGCCUCAGUCUCGGCCGGCCAAAGUCAAGUAUCGCGCCCCUCUUCCACCUGUCCAGCCCGGCGCCUCCACAUCGUCUAAAGCAAAAACUUCCAAGCCGUCCUCUCCUUCUACCCCUACCUUAACUGGAGUCGCAGCAAAUGGAACGGAGACCCCUGCCACUUCUUCUUAUGCCAAAACACACCCUGGAGUAUCACUGAAUGGACCGCUUGUUGCUGCCACCACCCCUGCUUCGUCUCCUGGAGCCUCCACCAGUCCCCAAAGCAACCCUGCCUCCCCGCCCCAGGACCUCAAGACCGUCUCAGCCCUUGUCUCUGGCACCAUCCAAGGUCUUGUGUCUCCAACCAGUCCAGACAAACUCACCCCAGCCAGCACCCCUCCCAGCACCACCCCAGGUCUGGACAGCGUUACUAGUGCUAACAGCAUCUCCAUGAGCCUAACCAGCAACCAGAACCCAGGCAGAGUGACCCACAGCCCCAGCCCGACUAGCCCCAACCCGGCUAAAUUCAACUUUGACAGCCAGUCCAUCAGUCCAUCACCAGCCCCGGGGCACCCAACUAAAGGACCUCGCCUGAGUCCAAUGAGCCCUGGACCAGCCAGAGUCACCCCCGCUAGCCCUACACACGGUCCCACCAGCCCCAGGACAGCCUCGUCCCCCCGGCCCAGCACACUGACCCCCACCAACAAGGUAGAAUCUCCUGAUGUUCCAUUCGCUGAGGAGGUGUGGUCUCACCCAGAGGGAGAGAGGCUAAACGAAGUCCCAGCUCCGCCUUUCUCCUCCCUCUAUUCACAAAGCCACGCCUACUACCAGGCCAACCCCCCUCCAGUGGUCGUCAAUACCGACAGCAUCGACACCCCCCCAUAUGUCAAUGGUACAGAAGCAGACUAUGAAUAUGAGGAGAUCACACUGGAGCGGGGUAACUCAGGCCUGGGGUUCAGUAUUGCCGGGGGGACUGAUAACCCUCAUAUUGGAGAAGACCCCUCCAUCUUCAUCACCAAGAUUAUACCUGGAGGAGCCGCAGCCCAAGAUGGACGACUCAGGGUGAAUGACUGUAUAGUGCGGGUGAACGAGGCGGACGUCAGGGAGGUGACCCACAGUGGGGCCGUGGAGGCACUGAAGGAGGCGGGAGGUCUGGUCAGGCUGUACAUACGACGCAGGAGGAGCCUCACCGAGAGAGUCAUAGACAUCAAACUGGUCAAAGGGCCCAAAGGUUUAGGGUUCAGUAUAGCAGGUGGAGUUGGAAACCAACAUGUCCCAGGCGACAACAGCAUCUAUGUGACCAAGAUCAUCGAGGGAGGGGCUGCGCACAAAGAUGGACGGCUACAGAUAGGGGACAAACUUAUGGCUGUGAACAGCGCCUGUUUGGAGGAAGUGACUCAUGAGGAAGCGGUGUCUGCUCUGAAGUCAACUCCCGAUGUUGUUUACCUGCGUGUGGCCAAACACACCUCCCUCUUUAUCAAUGAUAACUUCCCCCCGCCUGACGUCACCAACUCCUACUCCCCCCACCAGGACAACCAUAUAAGCCCCUCUUACAUGGGUGGCAGCCAGUCUGUAAGCCCCGCCCCCUUGACCACACCCAGAUACUCACCACUGCCCAGGGCUAUGAUAGGAGACGACGAUGUCACCAGAGAGCCCAGGCGGGUGGUGCUCCAGCGGGGCUCGACAGGUCUUGGGUUCAACAUUGUUGGAGGGGAGGACGGAGAGGGAAUCUUCAUCUCCUUCAUCCUGGCUGGAGGUCCAGCUGAUCUGUGUGGGGAGCUGCACAAGGGAGACCGCAUCCUGUCGGUUAACGGUGUGGACCUGUCCAGUGCAACACAUGAGCAGGCAGCUGCAGCUCUGAAGAAUGCAGGACAGACCGUUACCAUAGUAGCACAGUACAGACCAGAGGAGUACAGUCGUUUCGAGGCGAAGAUCCAUGACCUGAGGGAACAAAUGAUGACCAGCAGCGUCAGCUCCAGCUCCACAUCGCUCCGCUCCACGCAGAAACGCACACUUUAUGUCAGAGCGCUGUUUGACUACGAUGGCAGUGCAUCAGAUCUGAGCGCGCCCAACCAGGCUCUGGCGUUUCGUUUCGGGGAUAUCCUGCAUGUGAGCAGCGCUGGUGAAGAGGAGUGGUGGCCCGCCCGUCACCUCAGCCCCCCGCCCCCCCACCGCCCCGAGGUCGGGGUCAUCCCCAGCCGCAGGAGGGCAGAGAAGAAGGAGAGGUCGAGGCUAAAGACGGUGAGAGUGACCAGGUCUCAGGACAGAUCGGAUCAGGAGGAUAAAGAGCUGGUAACCUCUGGCACCAGCGAUAAUGAAAGUAGUUCCUCUGGCCAGGAGGAGAUAUUUCUGACCUACCAGCCAGUCACGCAGCAGGAAGUGAGCUACACACGGCCAGUCAUCGUGCUCGGGCCAAUGAAAGAUCGAGUCAACGAUGACCUCAUCUCUGAGUUCCCUGACAAGUUUGGCUCCUGCGUCCCACACACAACGCGGCCGCGGCGAGAGUACGAGGUGGACGGCAGAGAUUACCACUUCAUGUCCUCCAGAGAGCACAUGGAGAGAGAGAUCCAGGAACACAAGUUCAUCGAGGCUGGACAGUACAACAACCAUCUGUAUGGGACCAGCAUACAGUCUGUGAGAGAGGUCGCUGACAAGGGUAAACACUGUAUACUGGAUGUAUCAGGGAAUGCCAUAAAGCGUCUCCAGCUGGCAGGCCUCCAUCCCAUUGCUAUCUUCAUUAGACCACGCAGUCUGGAAAAUAUCCUAGAGAUAAACAAGCGUCUCACUGAGGAGCAAGGGAGGAAGACCUACGACCGAGCUGUCAAACUGGAACAGGAGUUCACUGAGUACUUCACCGCUAUAGUCGAGGGCUCUUCUUUAGAGGAGGUGUAUUCACAGGUGAAGCAGAUCAUUGAGGAACAGUCUGGUCCUUACAUCUGGGUGCCCACCAAGGAGCGGCUCUGAACACACACACACACACACACAAACACACACAUAUACACACACACGCACACACUACUCUUUCAUCAUUUCUCACUUUUCUGCUAAUUUUCUAUUAUUAUAACCUGCUCUCUCUCUUUCUCUUUUACACAUACUGUCACACAUCCACACACACACACACACACAAACACACACAAGCACAUACAGUCAAUUAAGGCUGGGACUAUCUGGGACUGCUACUUCCUGGAGUGGGAGGAGCUAAUGUCUGCCCAGCAGCCUAUUGGUGGAUCUUUCUACAGCUCAGUUCCUUAAUGUUUAAGGAAGUGGUUCAAAUCGAGGCGACAUGUACCAUUAUCUGAUUUGAUUUCUUUAUUGUUCUUCUUAUUGUUGUUGUCGUUGUUGUUUUCAUAUUAACGAAGGGUAAUGCAUUCAUGUAUGGGUUUGUAAUGAUAAUAUUGUCACCAAGAGGCAGACUUUUGCACGCUGUAGCUUUAAGAGCAUGUUUUUGGGACAAAAUCUUGAUCUCCCUUCCUUUCUGUCUUUCCUCAUGGCAUCACUCCUGUUUAGAGUUUCUCUUUCUCUCUCUCUUUCAUCCAGUCCUUCUCUCUCUCUCUCUCUCUCUGCCUUUCACUCUCUCGCUCUCUCUCUCUCUCUCACAUCCCAUCCCUCCCUCUAGACUGUCAAUGGGCUGUAGGUAUGAGCUGAAAACGAACAGAGUGCCGAGGUGUUUUGGCGUCCGGGGCCAAAAUGACACAAUAGUACAAUUACUGUUUAGAGAUGUAGCGAGGAAAUAAUCAUUAGCGAAUUUAGGAUUUGUAUAAUCAAGACGCUUGUUAAUUUGUCAUGUAACAAGCAGAAAUUCUCAAUCAAAGCUAGAAACACUGAAUUAGCAUCAAAAUAGAACAAAAUAUAGAAUAUCCUAUCAUCGUGCAACCCUUUUGUUUUUGGAGGGCCAGAAACAAAUAUAGGACAUGUAGGCCUCAUAUUGGACAGCUGGUGCUAUGUUAUGUACAAAAGGUGCUCCAGCUGGGGCCCCCGAACCAUAGUUUAAGAAACUGGGGUCCUCCAUUACCCGAGCCUUCAUGUUAUGGGUUUUGACUCCGUCCCGCGCGGGCCUCUGCCCUCCGUCCUCCUCUAUCUCUCUCCUCCUCCUCCUCCUCCUCCUUCCCUCAUUCAGUGUUGCAUAAGUUACAGCACAGAGCAAUGUAUCAUCUUCAUCAUCACUAUCAUCAUCGCAAUCAUAAUCAUCAUCAUCAUCAUCAUCAUCAUUAUAGCUUUCCUCUCACUGCUGAUGCACUAAUGAGGGCUAGUUUCAUUAAAAGCAUCUUAGCGUGGCCGAGUCGAAGAGGUCAAAGUGUUACCUUCCUGUUCUUGGUGUUCCUGCGUGGACGUGCGUCACGGAUUCAGCUGCACUCUGAUUGAAACACUGUCUUUCGGCUAAUUCGGCACGUUGGGACGAGCUCAGCGGGUGUCUGUCACGCUGGUGUGACAGAGUCAAAGGUGCCAGGUAAACACUUCUGGUAGAAACACUGUUCUUCAGCUAAUGCAACACCUAGCUUUUAAAAUAGCUCGUGUGGUGUCAGUCACGCUGGUUUUAAAGAGGCCAGAUAAAGUCUUCUGGUUAAAAAAAAAAAAAAAAAAACACUCCUUCCUCAUGUCCAGAGGUGCAACACUAUCGGCAACAGAGGUAUCUAUCACCUUAGGUUUAUGAGUUUGAGGCCAAAGUCCAAACGAGCAUGAAUGCCACCCGGAGCAAGGUGAUAAUCUCUGUCAACAAGCUUAGUACUUGAGAUACUAAGAUGCUUUUGGUAACGUGACCCCUGUAUGGACCUUCCCAGCCACCAUACCCCGCUUCCCAUCUCUUCACGCCCCAGGCGACUCCUCCGAUCUGACUGGAACCCAGAGGCAUACAGAGAACAGGCUCUUUCAACGGGAUAGCUCGCAAUUUGAUGGCUUGGGAGUCUUAAUAGUUCCUAAUGCUCACACAGUGCUCAACUUAAACAUUUCCUUCCGACUUAAAGGCUUCCUGAAGUUAGUAGUCACUGUUAGUUGACAGAACCGGUGUCUCCUUAUGUCUCUGGCUGUGUGUUUUAGCCAGGAGCCCAUGCCACUGUCUGUUAGAAUAAAGCACCGAUGCAAAGAAUCUAUUGUAUACAGAGAUGGAUCUAUAUCUAACAUAAUAUAAUAUUUAUCCCUGCUCUAACUGCCUAUUUUGGUACAAAAAUAAAAGUCUUUAUUGAGAUUUA